CAAUAUUCCCCGCUCCUCCUUCAGAUCCUCCUGUUUAGUGUUUACAAAUUCUAUAUAUCAAGAUGGAGGUGGCCAGGAGGAGCAUGUCUUCCCUGGCUGUCAAAGUGCCGUGGAAAUUAAAGCUCCCCGGGCGAUUAAAAGGAGGCAGACUGGAAAAAUGGGGUGACUACUGGACCACUGUGGCUCAUGACUACAAGGAGGUGGCGCUAGACACGGUGGUGGAGUCCAGAAAACGUCCAGGAAAAGCAAGUGCUUAUCUCUCAUUAAUAGCAGGAAUAGUGUAUGCUGUAAAUACCAAUCCCGAGAAGAUGGAUUAUCAAGAUGCCCUCGUAAGGUACCGCAAUGAGUCUGCCAUGCUGAGCAACAAAGUCAGGAAUCCUGAGGUUGAUGCCCACUUACAGUACAUGGGAGAUUGUUUUGACCAUGGCUUGGUGAGAAGACUGAGCAUUGGCCUUUUCUCCUUCCUGUGGAUUGACAACUACUCCAAGGAGUGUGGAGUGUUCAAGAGUCAGUGUGGCUACCUGAAGCCUCGCUACCUCACCUUCCCGGAGCGUGUCCAAGAUGUAGGAUUCCUGGGCAGGUGGUGGAGGAUAGAGCAGCUUAUGGAGAGUUUUGACAUCAACCACAAAGAACUGCCAGAUAAAGAGGAGUCAGGAGCAAAGCAAAAGUUAAAUCUAUUAUGGAAAUCUGCAAAAGAGAAAGUUUACCAAGUUAAGAGUGUUUUGUAAAUUAGGUUGUUUUCUUUUCUGAUGAUGUAAAAAGUCUUUAAAAGUUUUUGACUUGUAUUCUGAAAUGAAAAGUUAUAGCACAAAA